AGUGGGACGAGCGCAGCUGCAGGGAUGAAGUUCGCCUACCGGUUUUCCAACUUGUUGGGUACAGUCUACCGAUGUGGAAACUUGAAGUUCACUCCAGAUGGAAACUCUCUGAUUAGUCCAGUGGGAAACAGAAUUACAGUCUUUGACCUGAAAAAUAACAAAUCGGAAACUUUACCACUGGCUGCCCAAUACAAUGUAGCAUGUAUGGGACUGUCUCCAGAUGGAAAUCUUGCUAUACUUGUUGAUGAAGAGGGAUCUGCUUUACUUGUCAGUCUGAUCAGUAAAUCUGUUAUUCAUCGAUUCCAUUUUCAGAAACCUGUUCAUAGUGUCUGCUUUUCUCCAAAUGGAAAAAAAUUUGUGAUUACUAAAGACAAAGUUGCCCUGAUGUACCAUGCCCCAGGGAAAAAGAGAGAAUUUAAUGCAUUUGUUCUUGACAAAACGUAUUAUGGUGCUUAUGAUGAAACAACAUGCAUUGACUGGACUGAUGAUUCCAGAUGUUUUGCAGUGGGUAGCAAAGAUAUGUCAACAUGGGUGUUUGGAGCUGAACGCUGGGUCAAUCUGGUUUAUUAUGCACUCGGAGGUCAUAAAGAUGCAAUUGUUGCCUGUUUUUUUGAAGAAAACAGCUUGGAUUUGUACACCGUCAGCCGUGAUGGGGCUUUGUGUGUGUGGCAGUGUGAUACAGAACUAAGCGGUCUGAUACCUAGAACUCCCAAAAGCCAUCCCACUGACCAGGAAGAGUCAGCAAAAGACUUAGAGGAAGAGUUGAUAGAAACACAAAGAGACAAAGAGAUUCAUGGAAAAGCCAGUGGAAAUGAAAAACAACACAAGAAGAAAGUGAAAUAUUCAUGUGCUGCCAAAUACUUUUUUAAUAAAGAAGGAGAUUUUAACACCCUAACAGCUGCAGCUUAUCACAAGAAAAUCCAUCUGUUGGUCACUGGAUUUGCUUCUGGAAUUUUUCACCUUCACGAACUUCCAGAAUUCAAUCUCAUCCAUUCUUUAAGCAUUUCAGACCAGAGAAUUGCAUCUAUUUCCAUCAACAGUACUGGUGACUGGAUUGCCUUUGGAUGUGCAGGUCUGGGACAGCUCUUGGUUUGGGAAUGGCAAAGUGAGUCCUACGUGCUGAAACAGCAAGGCCAUUUUAACAGCAUGGUAUCACUUGCUUACUCACCAGACGGGCAGUACUUAGUUACUGGCGGGGAUGAUGGAAAAGUAAAAGUAUGGAAUACCAGCAGUGGCUUCUGCUUUGUCACCUUUACUGAGCAUACCAGCAUCAUAUCUGCCGUAACAUUUACCAGUUCAGGAUAUGUUGUUUUGAGUGCUUCUUUUGACGGAACUGUGCGGGCGUUUGAUCUUCACAGAUACCGCAAUUUCCGUACUUUCACUUCCCCGCGACCAACGCAGUUUUCCUGCUUAGCUGUGGACUCCAGUGGAGAAAUUGUUUCAGCUGGUUCCCAGGAUUCUUUUGAAGUAUUUGUGUGGUCUCUGCAGAGUGGACGACUUUUAGAUGUAUUAGAUGGCCAUGAAGGACCUAUCAGUAGUCUGUGUUUUAACCCAGUGAAGUGUGUUCUGGCAAGUGCCUCUUGGGAUAAGACAGUCAGAUUGUGGGACAUGCUGGAUAGCUGGAGAACCAAAGAAACACUGGCAUUAAGUUCCGAUGUGCUUGCUGUUGCUUUUCGUCCGGAUGGCAGUGAGCUUGUUGUAGCUUCCUUGGAUGGACAAAUCACUUUCUGGGAUCAUGAAAAUGCAAUGCAAACAGGAUCGAUUAUGGGGCGACAUGACCUUCAGAUGGGGAGGAAGGAACUGGACAAAAUAACUGCCAAACAAGCUGCUAAGGGCAAAUCUUUUACAAGUCUAUGCUAUUCUGCUGAUGGCCAAUGCAUUUUGGCAGGAGGUCUGUCAAAGUAUGUUUGUAUUUAUCAUGUGAAGGAACAGAUUCUCAUUAAAAAGUUUGAAAUAUCUUGCAAUCUUUCCUUAGAUGCAAUGGAGGAGUAUUUGGACCGCAGGAAGAUGACUGAGUUUGGGAGCAUGGCAUUAAUAGAAGAGGGAAAUGGGGAUGAUGACGACGUUGUCAUUCCUCUUCCAGGAGUUAAGAGAGGUGAUAUGAGUUCUCGGCAUUUUAAACCAGAAAUAAGAGUGACGUGUCUCCGCUUCUCUCCUACUGGAAGAAAUUGGGCAGCAACCACUACAGAAGGUCUUCUUAUCUACUCGUUGGACUCUAGUCUCACCUUUGAUCCAUUUGACUUAGAAAUUGACAUCACCCCUGGCAAUAUUCGUAAAGUAUUGCACCAAAAGGAGUUCACUAAGGCUAUUGUCAUGGCUUUUCGACUAAAUGAGAAGAAAAUGAUUCAAGAGGUUCUAGAAACUGUGCCCUAUGAUGAAAUUGAUGUAGUCUGCUCAUCGCUUCCAGACUUGUACAUAGAAAAGGUCCUAGAAUUUUUAGCAUCUUGCUUUGAGAAAUCUCGUCACUUGGAAUUCUAUCUCAUAUGGACUCAGAAGUUGCUCAUGCUGCAUGGAUGCAAGUUAAAAACAAGGUCAGAAAAACUGCUGCCUAUUGUUCAGUUUCUUCAGAAGAGCAUUCAGAAACAUUUUGAAGAUCUUUCUAAACUUUGUGAUUGGAAUUGUUACAACAUGAAAUACAUUCUAUCUAUUUCCCAACAACGGGGUAUGAAACGCAGAGCAGAAGAUUCUGAAAACAAUGAUUUGAAAAAUUUGGAAGAUUCCAGUAAUGAGGAUUUUAUGGAAGAAUCAUCUGUACAUUUAUAGAAAUAUGACACUUUUUUCCAUGUAUAAAUUUAAACAGUGGUAUUCACUGAGAACUUCAUAGCCCUUGAAGUGGCCUAUUUUUUAUAGAUUAUUUGAAUGUGAAAUAAUACAUCUGGGAGAAAGCAGUUUGUCUUUUGUACACUUUUUUCAGUAAUUGAAUAGCUAGACAGUUAUGGUCACUAAAUGCCAACCAUGGUUUUUUUCUUGCAGUUAGACAGGCAUUGUAAUUCCAUUGUAGACUGCAUGAAUCAUAAGUGUUCCUACCCAUGUCUGAUGCUCACAGAGUUGGUGAUUUACAAAUUACCUAAAUGACCUUUUAUGUAAAAUUACUUCUAUACAAUAAAAUAUGUGUAUAGGGAAAGAAUGGGAAGAGACACAAAGACCAAAAGAAUGAACAGAAUAGAUUCAGAUUUAUACUCUUUGCAAACAAAGUUUUCUUUCUUGUAAGUUAUUUUUUAGUCCACCUGCAAAUCAAUUUCAGUUUUAUUCAACAUAACUUGUUCCUUUUUAUUAACACCUUCUGAUUCUUUUGUAAAAGUAAAUCAUUGGAAGGCUUCCUGCACCCAUUCAUUAAAAAUCUCUUUUUAAAGUAACCAUCUGAUGCCCUCUAGUGCCCAGUUUUCAAACAUAGACAUUUUCCAUGAGAAAAGAUCCUUUCAGUUAACUUCAAAGUCUUAAAGCAAGUCCAUCUAAGCUCUUAAUCGGUUUAAACAAUUCUAAAACUAACAUUAAGAAUCUUUUUGCUGUAAAUGCCACAAUGUUUUCUUCUUAAAAAUCUUUAAACUUGUAAUUAAGCUUUUUUUAAAAGGAUUGUAGAAAAACUCGCCCAAUGAUUUCAAUAAAAUUGCCAGUCUAAAUGUUUUCAAUCUUUAAACAACAACAAAAAUAAAUGUGAUUAAGAGAUGAGCCUGGGUCAAAUUUAAAGAGUUUGCAUAGAUGACAUUAGCAGUUAUAAUAAGCAUGAUGGAAUCCCAUGACUCCCAGCCAAUUGUAAGCUGACUGCAAAAAUACAAUUCCUGCCAUCUGCUCACAAAAAAAACCAGCUGUCCAUAGUACAUAUGGUAAUUUUGUGAUCUCUCCUUACUCCAAAAAGAUUUUAGCAGCCCAAAUCUUGCAUUUGAGCAUUACUCUCCGUUGCAGUGUGUCCUGUUCUAUUCAGUUCAUCAUAGUGGCUCACCAAAAGCUCUUAUUUGAAAUAAUUGAAAGUCUGUUCAAAGUUUCAGAGGAAGGGUUUGGAUUCCAUAUGUUAUGAAAUCACUGUUGUUGGUAUGUAAUUGUGUAUGUGGGGUACCAAAAAUGCUUUUUUCUGAUAUUAUAGCCUGAAUAGAAAUCACAAAGAAAUUCUAUUGGUUUAACAGUAGAAAUGCUUUAGAACUAGAGGCUAGAAUAAAUGAAGUUAUUUGUAUUUGUUGUCCUGGAAUUGUACCUGGCUUAUUUUUUUCCCUAGAGUUCUCCUUUGUUCAAAAAAGUAGUUUGCUACUACUAAUAAAAUUAUAACAGAAAAAUA